CGCACGCGCCAGGGGGCGGAGCCGAGCGCCGGCUGCUCGGGCGGUGGGAGGGCGGAAGUCGCGCGAACGCUCCGCGGCUCGGCGCUAGCGAGGGCUGGCCGCCGGGUGGGCUAGGUCCUUAGCAACGGAAUCCCGGAAUGUCGCUGUGGACUGGGCGCUAGCGUGUCCCGCGCGAAUUCCGAGCGCAGAGCCGCCUGUGUGCGCCGCCGGCUCCCCGCGAAGCUCUCGCGCAGGCGCACUGCCCUCUUCUGGCGAGGGGCGCCCGGGCCGGGGGUCCGAGGCGAAGAGUCGCCUCUCGAGCACGCUCGUUGAACCCGGGAUCCCUCGAGCCCUCUGUGCUCGCUUAGGUGCUGCAGGAACGGAGAAGAACUGGGCGAGAUCGGGAAUAGCCGAAGGCCCCGUCUUGUGAAGACCUAGCCCUCGUGGCAGGCUAAGUGUGUGGGAAGAGGUGUAAUUGUGAAAUCUGGAGGAGGGACAUGGAAAUAAAACGUCCGAUCGCGACGCUGAUCUGACACAGGAGAGCACAGAGAGAUCAGCAUUUCAGUGAGGGAAACCAGCUUGUGGACAGCGCCUGGCGUUGAACUGGGUGAGUGGCGAGACUAGCAGACUUGAAAACAAGUUUGAGUCUUUCCAUUUGGCUGUACUUUCUGCAUACUUUCCUCCACUAACCUGUUGAAAUGGCCAGCAGUUUUUUGAAAACAUCAUCUCUGUCUUCAAGGACAAAAGUGCUCCAUCAAGUGGGCGUGUCUCUGUACAAUACCUCUCAUGGCUUCCAUGAGGAAGAGGUGAAGAAAACACUCCAGAAGUUUCCUGGUGGGUCCAUUGACCUUCAGAAGGAUGACAGUGGCAUUGGCAUCCUUACUCUGAACAAUCCUAGUAAGAUGAAUGCCUUCUCAGGUACUAUGAUGCUACAACUUCUGGAAAAAGUGAUUGAAUUGGAAAACUGGACAGGAGGGAAAGGUGUCAUUGUCCGUGGAGCCCAGAACACUUUCUCGUCAGGGUCCGACCUGAAUGCCGUGAAAGCACUGGCCACUCCAGAGGAUGGAGUGGCUUUAUGUAUGUUCAUGCAGAAUACCUUAACAAGAUUUACAAGACUUCCUUUAAUAAGCGUCGCACUGGUGCAAGGCCGUGCCCUGGGCGGAGGUGCGGAGUUCACCACAGCCUGUGAUUUCAGGUUAAUGACUCCAGAGAGUGAGAUCAGAUUUGUCCACAAGGAGAUGGGAAUAAUUCCAAGCUGGGGUGGUACCAGCCGGCUGGUUGAAAUCAUAGGCAGUAGAGAAGCUCUCAAAGUGAUAGGUGGAGCCCUCAAACUGGAUCCAAAAAAAGCUUUAAGUAUAGGAAUGGCUGAAGAGAUCUUGCAGUCUUCAGAUGAAACAAAAUCUCUAGAAGAGGCUCAAGCAUGGCUGACACAAUUUGUUAAUGGGCCACCAGAAGUCAUUAGAGCUUUGAAAAAAUCUGUUUGUUCAGGCAAAGAACUGUAUUUAGAGGAGGCAUUACAAAAUGAAAGAGAUCUUUUAGGAACAGUGUGGGGUGGAGCUGCAAAUUUACAGGCUAUUGCUAGGAGAGGAAAAUUCAAUAAAUAAUUUUUUUAAAUGUGGAUGUACUAUAAGUAAAGUUCCAAUUAUUAAUAUAUACUAAAGUUAAAUGAAAUUAAUAGCAUAAUCUGAAAGCUACUACUCGUAUUCAAAUUUGGUUUUGGUAAUUCAAUAUCUGAAUUCCCUGGUCAACAUUUUUUAAUCAAUAUUUGGGUAACAUAUACUAUAUACACACUUUCUGUAUAACAGUUAUUUCUAGUGCUGCUUUUAUUGCAGUAAUGGUUUCUAGCCUAUAAACAAAGGAUCACCGUUUAAGUUUUGGUUGAUUUUUUUUUUGAGAUAUAAGUGUUCUAUCACUAUGUCCUGAGCCCCAAAGAUUAGUUUUUAAAAGGAAAAGCUUCUACAGGCAGAAAAUUUAUUGUUUUUCUUUUACCCAUAAAAUUUUUGUUGUGUUUUUAAUUUACAGCCUAAUGAGCCUUUCAGAUAAAGGACAUGGGGAGGGCUUACAGGACAAGAAAAGAUAUGAUUAGUCGUUUUCUUCUGUUCCACAUGAGGAGAAAAAAAAAAAGAUGCAUCCCAUUACACCCUUCAAGUUUGGAGCCUUACUUGAUGUUUUCAGUAAUCUUACAUUUAUGUAUUAAAUUAUCUACUAGUGAUAGCCAUGAUAGGAACAUCAGCUGACUUUACAAGCUCACCACUCACAUUCCUGGGAAAUACCAAGCUGGAAACAGUAUGGUUGAUACAGUUUAAAAAUUGAAACUUGGAAGAUUCAUGACACAAGCAUCCAAAACAAAAGUCAGCACUUUACAACAGAUCUCUGUUUUUCUGAAAAGCCUCAACUUUUGUAACUAAUUUUACAAUAAAUUUACUAAAAAUGCAUAAUUCAUGCUUUUAUAAUCCGGUAACUCAGUUCUUUAAAAAUGUGUAAUUCAGAGUCAUCCCUAUGAAAUUUUGUCUUUGCUACUGUACCAUUUUACAUUUGAGAAUCAUAGUAAAAAUAACUUGGAUUCGCUUUUA